AGCAGUGAGCAGCACUUCUCAAUUCCGGAAAAUUGGAAGAGGUGCUUCUUCGAGGGGGAGAGCAGUUCUCAAUUCCACUUUCUAGGGUUUUGACGGAGGUCACGUAGCAAUGGACGCAGCAGCUCAAUCCUCUGACACCGUGAUGGCGGAGGCGGCUCCGCCCCCUGAGCCACCUCCACCUGCCGGAGCUCCCCAACCCGGAUUUGAUAGUAUUCCGAUGAUUUUAAGUCAUGGUGGACGAUUCAUACAAUACAACAUAUUCGGCAACAUAUUCGAGAUCACCUCAAAGUACAAGCCUCCAAUAAUGCCCAUCGGCAAGGGAGCAUAUGGCAUCGUAUGCUCGGCCUUGAAUUCAGAGACAAACGAGCAAGUUGCAAUUAAGAAGAUUGCGAAUGCAUUUGAUAACAAAAUUGAUGCUAAGAGGACUCUUCGCGAGAUAAAGCUCCUCCGCCACAUGGAUCAUGAAAACGUUGUGGCGAUCAGAGAUAUAAUACCACCACCCCAACGUGAGUCAUUUAAUGAUGUUUAUAUUGCAUAUGAGCUGAUGGACACUGACCUCCAUCAAAUAAUUCGUUCCAAUCAAGCAUUAUCUGAGGAGCACUGUCAGUAUUUCCUGUAUCAGAUUCUCCGUGGGUUGAAAUACAUACAUUCUGCCAAUGUUCUACACAGGGACUUGAAACCUAGCAAUCUUCUCUUAAAUGCUAAUUGUGACUUGAAGAUAUGUGAUUUUGGGCUUGCGCGUAUUACCUCUGAAACUGAUUUCAUGACGGAAUAUGUUGUUACAAGAUGGUAUCGGGCACCAGAGCUGUUGCUAAACUCAUCAGAGUAUACUGCAGCAAUUGAUGUGUGGUCUGUGGGUUGCAUUUUCAUGGAAUUGAUGGAUAGAAAACCCUUAUUUCCUGGCAGAGAUCAUGUGCAUCAACUUCGUUUACUAAUGGAGCUGAUCGGCACCCCAACUGAAGCAGAUUUGGGGUUUGUGAAUGAAAACGCAAAGAGAUACAUUCGACAACUUCCUCGUCACAUUCGACAAUCAUUUACUGAAAAGUUUCCACAUGUUCACCCUGCAGCUAUUGAUCUUGUUGAGAAGAUGCUAACAUUUGACCCUAGACAGAGGAUUACAGUUGAAGAUGCAUUAGCGCACCCAUACUUGGCUUCCCUGCAUGACAUCAGUGAUGAGCCUGUCUGUUCAACUCCAUUCAGCUUUGAUUUCGAGCAACAUGCACUGUCCGAGGAACAGAUGAAGGAGCUGAUCUACCUGGAGGCCCUGGCAUUUAAUCCUGAAUAUCGGCAGCAGUAAUGAGUCGUCAUAUUCUCCUCUCAUUGCCUGGUAAUUGAUUCCUUAAUGUAAAUAUGUUCAUUUUAAAAACUUGGUGGUCCUGGAAUAGUAUGUCUGACGAUGGGCAUGAAGUUUGUGGGAUUCGUGUAAUGGAAGGGUGUUUGUAUGGAUGUUUACUUUCUAUGGGUGCUUUUCCAUACAGGUUACAAGAGUUGGCUGCACAGCGAUAAGUAAUUCUGGCUCUUCUAUAGUGUUAUACUGCUCCUCUUUCUUCAAAAAUUUAUUGGACAAUCUUUUAUUAAAGAUAUGGACCUAAUGCUGGUGAUCUACUGGCAUAGAUUUGAUAGAAAAUCCCUUUGACAUGCUCAUAUUGAAGAAAACUAAAAAAAUGUCCAGCUCAAGAUGGAAGUGUCGAGGAGAGGCUGUAACUACUAAUUUGAUGUUCAAACUGUUUGAUUCUUGCU